UGGUGCGGGCUUUUCUUUUGUUUACCCGCCGCUCCUGAGCACACCUCGCCGACCCUCGCGACCGGACUAUGGAGACUGUCUGCGCAUCCUUUUCGGACACGGACAGGUGUCCGGGCUCAUAAGAUGUCAGGGAUUCGCACGGUGAUGAUGGAAGCUCUGGCAGAACCUCCUCAGAACUGAUGCCAUGGCUGCACUCAGGUGUGACAUUCAGAUCCACCGCUCCAAGUUUCCAACGCGCGUCUCACGACAGAACACGAUGACCGCCGCGGCCUCGCCGGCGCGCUCUGCACGCGCUGUGUGAACAUCAACACCGCCCGCUCUCUGGAACUCACGACAACGACGGCGGACUUCUUCGAGAAACUAUGUUCUGGCAAACGGAGACCUUAUCCAAACGGCGUGCGGCCGGUGGGAGUGGCCUCAGCCUCUCCCAGCCCCUGGGCCCGGGCCCCGCCCCCCUUCCGGCGGGGGGGCGGGUCCGGGCGGUGGAGGUGGCCCGCGGCAGGGCGGGGUACGGGUUCACCCUGUCGGGCCAGGGCCCCUGCCUGCUCAGCUGCAUCCUGAAGGGCAGCCCGGCCGAGUACGUGGGCCUGCGGUCGGGCGACCACAUCCUGGACGUCAACGACAUCAACGUGUCCAAGGCGUCGCACGAGGACGUGGUGAAGCUGAUUGGCCGAUGCACCGGCGUCCUGAGGCUGGUGAUCGCGGAGGGCGAGCGCCACAGGCGGCACCACCACCACCACCACCAGCGCGCCGCCGCUAACCGCACCCCACAGCCGCCCGCCGCGUACCUGGACUCGGGUUCGAGCGACGACGAGUACGACCGUCACCCCGGGGGCGGAGCUAAUAACAAUGGGAAGCCGGGGCAGGGGCCCCACGGCGGCGGCGGCGGCGGCUGGUACAAGCCCAAGAUGGACCCCAAGCAGCUGGGCAUCAACCGGGCGGAGCGGGUGGUGGCGGAGCUGCAGUCCGGGGGCAUCUUCAACAUGAUCUUCGAGAACUCCAGCCACUCGUCCAGCAGCUCGGACAAGGAGCGCGCGGCCGUGACCUCGCCGCCGGCCGCCGCCGCCGCCGCCGCCGCCGCGUCCAAGCCCCGCCGGCCCUCGGAGCCCGAGUACCCGUCGUACCGGAAGACCUCCCGUUCCCGUAGCAACCCCAACCUGCUGUCGGAGGAGGAGAUGGUGAGGUUCCUGAACGAGGACUCGGUGUUCCUGGACCCGGACUUCCACCACCUCAGCCUCCAGGACCGCGAGCAGCGCGACGUGGAGGUGGAGGAGGAGGAGGAGGAGGAGGAGAGGGGGGCCGACCUGGGGCUGGAGGCCGGCGAGGACAUCCUCAACGUGGGCAUGAUGGUGGGCUACCUGGGCUCCAUCGAGCUGGCCUCCACCGGGGCCAGCCUGGAGAGUGACAGCAUCCAGGCCAUCCGGGGCAGCAUGAGGCGUCUGCGGGCCGAGCAGAAGAUCCACUCGCUGGUCCUGAUGAAGGUGAUGCACGACAGCGUGCGCCUGUGCAACGACCGGGGCCAGGUGCUCGCCACCUACCCCGCCGAGAAGCUGGCGUUCAGCGCCUGCUGUCCCGACGACCGCCGCUUCUUCGGGCUGGUCACCAUGCAGGCCACCGACGACGAGGGGGACCCCCGCUACGGCCACCAGGACGACGGGGGGCUGCGGACCUCCUGCCACGUGUUCAUCGUGGACCCCGACCUCUGCCACCACCAGGCCCACUCGGGGGUGGCCCGGAGGUUCGGCUUCGACUGCACCCCCGACCCGGACACGGGGGGCUGCCUGGAGUUCCCGCCCACCUCCCAGCCCCUGCUGCAGUUCGUGUCGGUGCUGUACCGGGACAUGGGCGAGAGCAUCGAGGGGGUGCGGGCGCGGGCCUUCCACGACCCCGACCACGACGCGCAGCAGAACCACAGCACCAGCAGCAACAGCGACAGCGGCAUCGGCAACUUCCUGGCCGAGGAGAAGAGCAACCGGGUGCUGCUGGUGGACCUGGGGGGCCCCGCCAGCCACCACUGGGACAGCCCGCCGCCGCCGCCGCCGCCCCCCCACCAGGCCGCCUGGAGCUCCGGCCAGGCCCACCCCCUACCCCCGCCCCCACCUCCGCCGCCGCCCCCGCCCGCCCUGAGGAACGGACACUACCGCCACCACGAGCCGCAGCACCUGGCCGACCUCCACCACCCUCUCCCCCGCGCGGUGCCACCCCCACACCACUAUCCCACAGCCAAGAGGGGCGGGGACAAGAGAGGGGGCGGGGCCGGGGGCGGGGCCGGGGGAGGGCUGGAGCAGCAGCAGCAGCGCUGGCUGCCAGUUCACGUGCUGCGGGACUGGAGGCAGCAGCACCUGCAGGCGGGCGCCGGCAGCGAUCAGGAGUCCUACGCCGAGUCCACGGACGGCUGGUCCUCGGCCAACUGCAGCACGCUGCCCCCCCCCAUGAGCAAGAUCCCCGCCGACCGCUACCGGGCCCCGCUGGCCCCCGGGGACCACCUGCCGCCCCCGCCGCCGCCGCCGCCGCUGACCCCCGCUGCCGGGAGCCAGCGGACCCCCCCCCAGGCCCCCAGCGCCCGGGCUGCCGCGCACAAGGAUGAGUGGGCCAGGAGGCUGUUUGGGGCCGGGGAGAGGGACCGGGAGAGAGACAAGGGGAGAGACAGGGAGAGGGAGAGGGAGAGGGACCGGCCCGGGGGAGGCAGGGAGAGGAAACGCGGGAGCGCCAAGACAGAGGAGAAAAAGGCGGGCCGGUUCCGGGGGCUGACCCGGGGGUUCCCCCCCCUCCCCCAGCGCUCUGGCGCCCGCCGCUCCUUCGGCCGCUCCAAGAGGCUCAGCCUGGCGCGCUCCCUGGACGACCUGGAGGACGCGCUGUCCGACCUGACUCUGGUGGGGGAGGGCGACAUCAACAGCCCCCACCUCUCCUACGUCACCCCCUCGGCGCUGCUGCCCAAACCCCGGCCCCGCCUCCCGUCGUCACGGCAACAAGAAGCUCCGCCCCUCGCGCCCCCACCUCCUCCACCCCACGACGGCGGCCCCCCCUCAGCAGGUAAGGACAGAGGAGGCAGGAGGCGAGGGAAGGAGAGAGGAGGGAGCUUCAGACUGCCAGGCAGGAGAGCCCCCUUCUCAAACCCAAAGCCCCUGCCUCCCCCUCCUCCCCCUCCUCCCCCCCGCCUCCCUCUCCGCUCCCGCCGCAAGUCCAAGUCCCCCGCGUCCCGCCCCCCCCACCACCCCCCCACCAAGGCCCCCCUGGACCUGGACAACAUCUGCGUUGGUCGGGGUGAGGCCGGGGACCCCCGCAGGGGCCGGCGGGGGUCCCGGGACACGCGGCUUGCCCCGGCCGCCGCCGCCACCGCCACGCUGGAGCAGAAGUGGGGGGGCGUGGCCUCGGAGCUGCGUUGCCGUGGCGGCCGGAUGCGGUCGGCGGUGUACCAGACGUCGGACCUGCCCUCCAUGGUGGCGGUGAAGGUGGGGGCCGACGACCCCCCCGAGGCGCGCCGCAACGGACACCUGGACCGCAGCAACUUCAAGGCCACCUUCGUCUGA